UCCCAUUUCAUUUCCCCUCAUCUUCUUCUAUCGCUAUCUGUCAAUCCUCUUCUCCUCCUCCUUCCUUUUCUUUCCUGCAUUUACUCUCCCUCCCUCUCUCUCUGUCGCAACUUGUGAUUGACCAUGACUCUCUAGUCUUCCUCCUUUACUGUUUCUACCCCGUCUUCCUCCUCCGCUUUCGAUCCGUACUUUUUCCUACCUGCUUCGCCCACCAUCAUGGGAGGCAUCAGCCUCGAGGAGAUAAAAAACGAGAACGUUGAUCUGGAACGGAUCCCGAUAGAAGAAGUGUUUGAACAACUGAAAUGUUCAAGAGAAGGUUUAACGUCAGACGAGGGAGCCAAUCGGCUUCAAGUUUUUGGGCCAAACAAAUUGGAAGAGAAAAAGGAGAGCAAACUUUUGAAGUUCCUGGGUUUUAUGUGGAACCCCCUCUCUUGGGUUAUGGAAGCAGCUGCUAUAAUGGCCAUAGCUUUAGCAAAUGGUGGAGGAAGGCCUCCGGACUGGCAGGAUUUCGUAGGUAUCAUUUGUCUACUGGUGAUCAACUCCACAAUCAGUUUUAUUGAGGAAAAUAAUGCUGGCAACGCUGCUGCUGCACUCAUGGCUGGUUUAGCCCCCAAGACCAAGGUUCUCAGAGAUGGUCGGUGGAGUGAACAAGAUGCUGCGAUUUUAGUUCCAGGUGAUAUAAUCAGCAUCAAGUUAGGAGAUAUUAUUCCUGCUGAUGCCCGUCUUCUGGAGGGUGAUGCCUUGAGCGUUGAUCAGUCUGCCUUGACUGGAGAGUCUCUUCCUGUGACAAAGCAUCCCUCCGAUGAGGUAUUUUCCGGAUCAACUGUCAAAAAAGGUGAGAUAGAAGCAGUUGUUAUUGCUACUGGUGUGCACACCUUUUUUGGUAAAGCAGCUCAUCUAGUGGACAGCACCAACCAAGUCGGGCACUUUCAGAAAGUCCUUACAGCAAUUGGUAAUUUCUGCAUUUGCUCAAUUGCGCUUGGAAUCGUUGUCGAGAUCAUAGUCAUGUACCCAAUACAACACCGCAAGUACAGAGAUGGGAUUGACAAUCUAUUGGUUCUAUUAAUUGGAGGAAUUCCAAUUGCCAUGCCCACUGUGUUGUCUGUGACAAUGGCUAUUGGUUCUCACAGACUUUCUCAGCAAGGUGCAAUUACAAAGCGAAUGACAGCUAUUGAGGAAAUGGCAGGGAUGGAUGUCCUCUGCAGUGAUAAAACUGGAACCCUGACCUUAAAUAAGCUUAGUGUCGAUAGAAACUUGAUUGAAGUGUUUGCCAAGGGUGUAGAGAAGGAGUAUGUUAUCCUUCUAGCUGCAAGGGCUUCUAGGACUGAGAAUCAGGACGCCAUUGAUGCUGCAAUUGUAGGAAUGCUUGCCGAUCCGAAGGAGGCACGAGCUGGUAUUAGAGAGGUCCAUUUCCUCCCAUUCAACCCUGUGGACAAGAGAACUGCUCUAACCUACAUUGACUCUGAUGGAAAUUGGCAUCGAGCAAGUAAAGGUGCCCCUGAGCAGAUAUUGAACCUGUGCAACUCCAAGGAGGAUGUCAGAAAAAGGGUUCAUACCGUCAUUGAUAAGUUUGCUGAACGUGGACUCAGGUCUCUAGGUGUUGCAAGACAGGAAGUACCCGAGAAAUCAAAAGAUGCUCCUGGUGGACCAUGGCAAUUUGUUGGUUUGCUCCCUCUGUUUGAUCCUCCUCGGCACGAUAGUGCCGAAACCAUCAGAAGAGCCCUUCACCUUGGAGUGAAUGUUAAGAUGAUUACUGGGGAUCAGCUUGCCAUUGGCAAAGAAACUGGCCGAAGACUUGGAAUGGGAACUAACAUGUACCCAUCGUCUUCAUUACUUGGGCAGGACAAGGAUGCUUCUAUUUCAGCUCUUCCAGUAGAUGAGUUGAUUGAGAAGGCAGAUGGAUUUGCUGGAGUUUUUCCAGAACAUAAAUAUGAAAUCGUUAAGAGGCUGCAAGAGAGGAAGCAUAUCUGUGGAAUGACAGGAGAUGGUGUCAAUGAUGCCCCAGCAUUAAAGAAGGCAGAUAUUGGAAUUGCUGUUGCAGAUGCUACGGAUGCUGCGAGAAGUGCUUCUGACAUUGUUCUCACUGAACCUGGAUUGAGUGUCAUUAUUAGUGCAGUGCUAACAAGCAGGGCUAUUUUCCAAAGGAUGAAGAAUUAUACUAUUUAUGCUGUGUCAAUCACCAUUCGUAUUGUGUUUGGUUUCAUGCUUAUCGCAUUAAUCUGGAAGUUUGAUUUUGCACCCUUCAUGGUUCUGAUUAUUGCCAUACUAAAUGACGGUACCAUUAUGACAAUAUCCAAGGAUCGAGUCAAGCCAUCUCCGCAGCCUGACAGCUGGAAACUCAAGGAGAUAUUUGCUACUGGCGUUGUGCUUGGCAGUUACAUGGCACUAAUGACAGUAGUCUUUUUCUGGGCCAUGAAGGAUACCGACUUUUUCCCCAACAAGUUCGGAGUGAGGUCUAUACGACACAGCAACGAGGAAAUGAUGGCAGCCUUGUACCUUCAAGUCAGUAUUAUAAGCCAGGCCCUAAUUUUUGUCACUAGGUCCCGCAGCUGGUCUUUUGUUGAAAGACCCGGUCUUCUUCUACUGAGUGCUUUUAUGAUUGCUCAGUUGGUGGCAACUCUUAUAGCAGUUUAUGCUAACUGGGGGUUUGCACGGAUAAAGGGAAUGGGAUGGGGUUGGGCGGGUGUAAUCUGGCUCUACACUGUGGUGACCUAUGUGCCUCUUGAUCUCCUCAAAUUCGCCAUCCGCUACGUUCUGAGCGGGAAGGCUUGGGAUAAUCUUUUGGAGAACAAGACUGCCUUCACAACGAAGAAAGACUAUGGCAAAGAAGAGAGGGAAGCCCAGUGGGCAGCAGCACAGAGGACCCUACAUGGCCUUCAGCCUCCAGAAACAAGCAACCUGUUCAAUGACAAGAACAGCUACAGGGAGCUUUCAGAGAUUGCUGAGCAAGCCAAGCGUCGUGCUGAGGUUGCAAGGCUGAGGGAGCUACACACUUUGAAGGGUCAUGUGGAGUCGGUGGUGAAGCUGAAGGGGCUUGACAUUGAUACCAUUCAGCAGCAUUAUACAGUGUGAUGAGGAGAGCUUUGGACGGCCUCUUCUGCCAUGCAAUCGUAUAAUGACCAGCAAAUGGUCUCUGUUGUUUAGAUUAGUAACUUCUCUUUUUGUUCUAAUUUUAUAUGUCCUUACUUCGACGUCUGUGCCGGUAGAAGGCGGAGGUACUUGCCUCCCAAUAACGUCAUUAAUAUAGUUUUCAUUUUACUCA